AUGGCCGACGAGAAGAUUUCUCCAUCAAAAUCGCUCGACCCCCAGCACAUUGAGCACGGCAACGAUGACUUGAUCAAAGAACACAUGAACUAUGAUCGAGUUGACGCUGAAGUCGCCAAAUAUGCUAGCACUACCGCCGUGGUGAUCUCGCCCGAAGAGAACAAACGCUUGAAGAUGAUGGUGGAUAAGCGGGUGCUUAGCAUUAUGAUCUUCACGUACUUUCUCCAGGCCAUCGAUAAGGGAACCAUGAGUUUCACUAUUAUUAUGGGAGUCAAGCAAGAUGCCCACAUAUCUGAAACGCAGUUUCCUUGGUUGACAACAUGUAUCUAUAUUGCCAUUCUCGUCGUGGAAUAUCCAACAAAUCUCCUCAUCCAGCGUCUUCCGAUCGCCAAGUAUCUCGGUAUUUCCAUCAUACUGUGGGGUAUGGUCCUGGCCCUUCAUUCCAUAGCCAAGAACUUCACGGCAUUGGUCAUUCUUCGAACAAUUCUCGGAAUCUUGGAGGCAGUAUGUCAGCCUGCGUUUGUGUACCUGUCAUCGAUGUGGUAUAAGCGCGAAGAACAAGCGGCGACCGUCUCGUACUGGUACAUGAUGAAUGGAGCCCAGCAAAUUGUCGGAGGGCUGUUGGCCUACUGCUUCUCGCUCAUCAAGUCGCCACCAUCACCUUUGAAGUCCUGGCAAGCAAUCUUCAUUGCCUACGGUGCAUUUUCCGUUCUUUGGGGAGUGGUUGUGCUCGUAUGGAUGCCCGAUUCUCCCAUGCGUGCAAAGUGCUUCAGCGAGGAAGACAAGAAACUCCUCGUUGAGCGUGUGCGUAGCAACCAGACUGGCGUGCAAAACAAGCAGUUCCGAAAGGAGCAGAUGUGGGAGGCGUUCAAGGAUCCGCAGAUGUAUUGCUAUUGUCUCAUUGCUUUCUGCACAACCUUACCUACUAGUGGUCUAGGCGCUUUUGCCAAUCUCAUCAUCAAGGGCUUCAACUUUAGCUUAUUGCAAACUCAAUUGCUCGCCAUGGUCCUCGGCGCCUACAUCAUCAUCGUUCUACUGAGCAGCAUGUGGCUCGUUAAGAAAACGGGUCAGAACUUGAUAAUCAUGCUUAUCUAUGUUAUUCCUUCCUUCGCCGGCACUAUCGUCUUAAUGACCGUCGAAAAUACUGGAAAAGCCCAACAAGCCGGCCUCCUCAUCUCCUAUUAUAUUGUGCUCUCCUUCUGGGCGGCGCAAACGCUCGGCAUGUCCAUGAUCUCACGUAACAUCGGAGGUCAGACCAAGAAAACUGUCGUGGUCGCAGCCAAUUUCGUCUCCUGGUCCGCCGGCAAUGCCAUCGGGCCCCAGGUCUUCCUCGAGAAGGACAAGCCCCGCUACCUAACGGCCUUUGCUACUCAUAUGGCGUGCUACGGCCUUUUGGUGUUUGUCAUAAUUUUCCUGAGAUGGUAUCUGAAGAGGCAGAAUGGGAAGAAGGAUCGGCUGCAGGCGGAAUUUGCUGCGCAGGCUGGUACCCUUACAGACGAGAGGAUGGUGCACGCUUUUGAUGAUUUGACGGAUCGCGAAAAUUUGAGUUUUAGAUAUGUUUACUAG